CUUUGACCUUAAUUUCUUCAGACUUACCUUGUACACAAUGGUCUAGUCCUUGCAAUGGCGGUGAGGAAAAACAUGUGAACCUUAGUGCCUUCGACCUUCACGUGUAAUCGCAAUCGUUAGCUGCUAACUGGAGAAGAUAAACUGUUGACCGGUAUGGCCGACGACAAGUGGCAUUGGAUGAAGAAUGCGCCGCCAAAGAAGGACAGCAAAAAGGGAUUUUUCUCGAGCCUGGCGGACGCUGUCCGUGGGAGAGGUCCCAGUCCGGACAAGGCCUCCCUGUUGGCUUCGAAAUUCUCCAAGGCGUAUGCCCUGGGUGUGUGGACGCUGUGUGUCGCCGCUGGCGUGCACUGGUACUAUCACAGAGACGACAAACCGAUAUCUGACGAGAGCGUGUCGACUUCAUUCGCCAUGACUCCCGAUCACACGUGGGAGAAGAAGACAGUUGUAGGGACGUUCACUUUCGAAGGGUACAAACCGUCAGAUAUCAAUCCAAAUAGGGUUCGAAUAUUCAAGCGGAAGGUCAAAGAUUGGUGGAACACUAAUAUGAACAGUGAUGCCAGUGUGGACGAAAAACAUGCAGAACAUAACAAGGGGACAACAUGAAGACCGUACAUAGGGGAUACCUUUGGUUAUCUACAUAUACCUUGCAGUGACUGUAAGUGAAAGCAGAUGACAUAUCCAAACAUUUCUUCUGUGAAUAUCACUUGGAUUGACACCCAAUAUAAAAGGCUUCAACUGUGAUCCAUGAAUGCAGAGGCAAACAUAAAUGCCCAGAUGUGU